CUGGCAGCCCUGGUGCUGCCGCUGCUGCUGUGGGCGCGGGGGGCCCGGGGCCAGGGCGACCCUCAGCGGGGCGCCAUCCUGGGCAUGCGGCUGGCUAGCUGCAAUAAGUCGUGUGGGAUGAACCCGGAUGGCAUCAUCUUCGUGUCCGAGGGCAGCACGGUGAACCUGAGGCUGUACGGCCACGGGCUGGGCUCCAUCUCCAGCAACUUGAUCUCCUUCACAGAGGUGGACAACUCCGAGGCCCUCCACAACUCCACCCACUGCCCAGAGUUGACCAAGGACCUGGUCGUCCAGCAGCUGGUCAACGUGAGCCGCGGGGACACGUCCGGGGUGCUGGUGGUGCUCACCAAGUUCCUCCGGAGGAGCGAGAACAUGAAGUUGUACGCGCUGUGCACCCGGGCCGGCGCGGACGGGCCCUGGCGGAGGUGGACCGACAAGGACUCGCUGCUCUUCAUGAUGGAGGAGGAGGGGAGGUUCCUGCCCCUCUGGCUGCACAUCCUUCUCAUUUUGGUGCUGCUCGUGCUGUCGGGCAUCUUCUCUGGUCUCAACCUGGGGCUGAUGGCCCUGGACCCCAUGGAGCUGCGUAUCGUGCAGAACUGUGGCACCGAGAAGGAGAGGCGCUACGCCCGGAAAAUCGAGCCCAUUCGGCGCAAGGGCAACUACCUGCUCUGCUCGCUGCUCCUGGGAAACGUGCUGGUCAACACCUCCCUCACCAUCCUCCUGGACAACCUCAUUGGGUCCGGACUCAUGGCGGUGGCCUCCUCCACCAUCGGCAUUGUCAUCUUUGGGGAGAUCGUACCCCAGGCUCUGUGCUCCCGUCACGGGCUGGCUGUGGGUGCCAACACCAUAGUGCUCACCAAAUUCUUUAUGCUACUCACCUUCCCCCUCAGCUUCCCCAUCAGCAAACUCCUGGACUUUUUUCUGGGCCAGGAGAUUCGCACAGUUUACAAUCGGGAGAAGCUGAUGGAGAUGUUAAAGGUGACGGAGCCCUAUAAUGACCUCGUGAAAGAGGAGCUGAAUAUGAUACAGGGGGCCCUGGAGCUACGGACCAAAACCGUGGAGGACAUCAUGACCCAGCUCCACGACUGCUUCAUGAUCCGCAGUGACGCCAUCCUGGACUUCAGCACGAUGUCCGAGAUUAUGGAGAGCGGCUAUACUCGCAUCCCCGUGUUUGAGGAUGAGCAGUCCAACAUCGUAGAUAUUCUCUAUGUCAAAGACUUAGCCUUUGUGGACCCCGAUGACUGCACCCCCCUUAAGACCAUCACCCGCUUCUACAACCAUCCGGUACACUUUGUCUUCCAUGACACCAAGCUGGAUGCCAUGCUGGAGGAGUUCAAGAAGGGGAAGUCCCACUUGGCCAUCGUGCAGAAAGUAAACAACGAGGGUGAAGGGGACCCCUUUUACGAGGUCCUGGGGCUGGUCACCCUGGAGGAUGUCAUCGAGGAGAUCAUUAAGUCGGAGAUCCUGGACGAGUCAGACAUGUAUACUGACAACCGGAGCCGGAAACGGGUGUCUGAGAAGAACAAACGCGACUUCUCUGCCUUUAAGGAUGCUGACAACGAACUCAAGGUGAAAAUUUCACCUCAGCUGCUUCUGGCUGCUCACCGUUUCCUGGCCACAGAGGUCCCCCAGUUCAGCCCUUCUCUGGUGUCGGAGAAGAUCCUGCUGCGGCUGCUCAAGUACCCGGAUGUCAUCCAGGAGCUCAGGUUCGAUGAGCACAACAAGCACUGUGCCCGCCACUUCCUGUACUCCCGCAACAAGCCAGCCGACUACUUCGUCCUCAUCCUGCAGGGGAAGGUGGAGGUAGAGGCCGGGAAAGAGAACAUGAAGUUCGAGACUGGUGCCUUCUCCUACUAUGGCACCAUGGCCCUGUCCUUGUCCCCUUCUGUGCCUUCAACCCAGGCCGGGGGUCUGCCUGGUAAGCGGACCUCCCUGCUCUCCUGGCUCUCAGACCGCUCACCAUCACACCCCAGCCCCCUGAGCCGCUCGGCCUCCCUCAGUUACCCGGAGCGCACCGACCUCACCAGCACCGCGCCCUUGGCCAGUAGCAGCAACCAGCUGGGCGGCUCGGCACUGGGCCAGUACGUGUCUGACUUCAGUGUCCGGGCACUCACAGACCUGCAGUACAUUAAGAUCACCCGGCAGCAGUACCAGAAUGGGCUGCUGGCCUCGCGGAUGGAGAACUGCCCUCAGUUCGCCCUGGAUGGGUGCACCGUCUGCACGGAGAGCCGGGCGGAAAAGCCAGAGCUGCCGGUGGUGGACGAGACCACAGCUCUCCUGAAUGAGCACAAUGCCAUGCUGCACAGAGCUUCCCCCGAGAGCGCCAUCUGACAGGAGGGCCCGGGGCCCCCCGCCAGCUCCGCGGGGGCUGCCCCAGUGGGCCCACCCAAAGACAGGGAGCCCAUCAGGCCAGAUGGGGUGCAGGUAGCCUGUCUGAGUGGCCAGGUGGCCCCCAGCCUGCGGGGGUGCCAGUCUCCACUGGGGACCUGUGAGCAGCUCGCUUGAUGGCGGCUGCCCCCAGAGAGGGCCGUGCUCUACUGGAGACUCUGAAUGAGGCUGAUUGCUCCUCUUUUUAAAUAUCAUUUGGGGAAGGGAAGACAGGGUUAAGGAAUUUAUUUUUAAAAAUUAUUUUUUCCACGAAAACUUUAAAAGGGGUAGGGUUUCUCACCCCAGAAGCAAUAGCCAUAAUCUGCGCCCAGCCACGACCUGGCUGUGUCCCGACUCAGGGAGUCCACUUGUCCUCACCGUCCUCCAGAGACAGGUUCCAGAGGACUGCUGGAGGCAGGUUUUCUCUUGGGAGGAAGACUGCCCUUCCCAGGAAGCACAGAACCAAAUAGCACUGAGAACAAGUGCCCAACAUGCACGCAGGCUCGUCUGAUGUCGCCGAGGCCAAGGGACUCUGGGGACUGGGAUCAGGGACUUGACACUCCUGGCUACAGAGCAGUACGUCUGCUCCAGUCACUCAUUGGAUCCAGGAAUUUCCGAGAACUCUGCUGGUGGGCUCUUCUGGUGAGUCGGGGCCAUUGAGGACUCUCACCCGUUUCCAUUGGGUCGCCUCUUACCUGCCCCUUUGGACAGUUCCACCUUGUAAUGGAGUUGACUAAAGUAUCACGCAGGGUGUCCCACCUUUCAGACUGCUUGCCCUGUUCCCCAGGCUGCCCUCACUUUACCAAAGGUCCACCUGGGUGGGGACAGCAUUUCCAUUAGAGAUGACUUGUCUGUGGUACUCUUUCAGUGCCAGGAGGGAACCUGGUCAUGGGCGUUGUUAGCAGGUAAUACUGCCCUUUCCCACCCCACAGCCAAAGUCUAUUCUCAAUCCCCAAGCCACAAACUCUGCUUUCUAGACUCCCUACUUCUAAUCUAAAACCCCAAGGCCUCUUGGGGAUUGAGGACUGAGGACAUGCAGGAGCUAACCUAAGCAGGUUCUUCAUGCCCUUUCCUCUGUGGCUGAGGCUUACCUGCCCUGUCUGCACACUUCGAGAACGCAGGAAAGGCUUCUACCCUAGAGGCACAUAACUGGCAGCCCUGUUUCCCCCAUGGCAUAACCCUAGAGCAAGGUGUCAUCCUGGCCUGUGCUGAAGCUGGCGGUGCUGGAUGGGCUGAAUCAGGCCCUGCUGCAUGCUCCAGGCCCCCCACCUCUGGGAGGCUGUGGGACCAAGGUCAUUGGGGGCCUUUGUUGGGCAGAACAGUUGCUAGGGUCCGGGAUCA